UGUGGGCGGAAGAGGGGAGCCGGGCCUGAGCAACGGCGGCCCGUCAGAGCCAAGGGGCCUCCGGAUACUGGCUAGAGAGCGGCGAGCGCACUUCUGCCUCUGCCCGACUUGUCGAGGUGGAUCGUGCACUUUUCCUGGGGCAGAUGUGUGGGCACGUCGCCAAUGACGACGGUGUCGCCACAGUUUUUUCAGGCAACUGCAGCUGGGACCUCCUCCCUGGCCCAUCAAAGAGGAGGAAGCAGGGAUGUCUGCCUUAGGGGCUGCAGCUCCGUACCUGCAUCAUCCUGCUGACAGUCACAGUGGCCGGGUCAGUUUUCUGGGGCACCUCUCUCCAGAGGUGGCAGCAAUGGCCCGGUUUCUGGGAGACCUAGACAGGAGCACAUUCAGAAAGCUGCUGAAGCUUGUGGUCAGCAGCCUGCAGGGGGAGGACUGCCGAGAAGCCGUGCAGCGCCUGGGUGCCAGUUCCAGCCUGUCGGAGGAGCAACUGGGUGCCCUGCUUGCUGGCACACAUACACUUCUCCAGCAGGCCCUCCGGCUUCCCUCCCCCAGCCUGAAACCCGAUGCCUUCAAGGACCAACUCCAGGAGCUUGGCAUCCCCCAAGACCUGGUUGGGGACUUGACCAGUGUGGUGUUUGGUGGCCAGCGCCCCCUCCUGGACUCUGUGGCACAGCAGGAGGGUGCCUGGCUUCCCCACAUUGCUGAUUUUAGGUGGAGGGUGGAUGUGGCGAUUUCCACAAGUGCCCUGACCCGCUCCCUGCAGCCAAGCAUCUUGAUGCAGCUGAAGCUUUCUGAUGGGUCAGCAUACCGCUUUGAGGUUCCCACAGCCAAGUUCCAGGAGCUGCGAUACAACGUGGCACUGGUCCUGAAGGAGAUGGCAGAUCUGGAGAGGAGGUGUGAGCGCAGACUGCAGGACUGAGCCUUCCUUGUCAGCGCUGCAGCUGGUGCCAGAGUGCAACUUCCAUUUCCUCUAGUUGGAUGCUAGACUGCAUACCACCCCUCCAGUUGAUGGUCUUGACUUCCAAAUGUGGUAAGGUGGUGGUCUGGGGCCAAAUCAGAGCCCUCUGACGUCACCAUUGGUUGCUCAGCCUGACCCCACCAAGCUUAUGGCCCUCUCUGCUCAUUUGCUUUCAUAAAUGCUGUGUUUUGGUGUGGGCACUUUCAUCUUCUGUCUUAAAUCCCUGCCCCUGUGGGACUGAUACCAUAGUGGGAUGGGAAGAGGGGGAAACUUUACAAUAUGCAUAGAAAACAGUGGUACAGCUCAUCAAGCUAUGACAAGUGCACACUUAACGUAGAGCAGGAUGGGGUGUGGACGGCGGGGAGGUUCCUGCCACCAUAAGCUGAGUUGUGGCUGGGCUUCCUGGAGAACAUGGUAUCUGAGCACACUUGAAGGAUGGGAGCAGGUGAGUGCAGUCCACUGAGGGACCAGCUGGUGCACAGGUGGCCAGUGGACAGAGACCAGGUAUACUGGAUGUCAUGUACCUGCAGCCAAGUAGGAGAAGGUCAUUGGAGGGAGGUAAAGCUGGGGAGGGUACAGAGGUCAUGUCUGAGAAAUUCUGCUCAAAGGACUCUGACUGAAAUUUAAGCCAAAGGAGAAGCCCUUUGAGGGUUUUUGACAGAGGGUGUGCUCUGGUGAUUGUUUUAAAAGGAUAGCACUUCUAUUAUUUAAAAGGUUAACAUUAUCCAAGGGUGGUGGUACAUGCCUGUAAUCCCAGACACUUGGGGGGCUGCGGCAGGAGGAUUGCAAAUGCAAGGCUAGCCUUAGCAACUUAUUGUGACCUUGUCUCAAAAUAAAUAUAAAAAGAAAGGACUGGAG